GAAAUACUGAUGUAAAGAGAUAGUGAUGUGGGGAUUUGGACUUGUGAAUGCCGUUGUGGUGCAUCGGUUACGUCCUUUGAUAAUUCCAGGUUUGAAAGUGAUACCUGGAAUCUCCCAAAUAUCUUGUGCCCAUGUCACGUGCAGAGCCUUCAUCUCCAAUAGCAAAACCAUUGUGCAGUUGGAAGGAUUAAUACGAGUGGAGGUGCAUACCAUUACAAUCUCCUGUUUCUUUGCUUCUUCACUGGAGAUGGUGAUAAGAUCGAUCUACAGCUUGCCCGUUGCAUCGAGCAAGAUUGCAAUUGUAAAUGCGGAAACGAACACCAGCUGCGGCGUAGGUUCUCGUACAUCUUCUGCGGUGACACAGCACUACAUAGAGGAUACUAUCAUGAGCGUUUCAUAGAUAUAUCUAAGGUCUGUGUUUCCUUGUCUUUUC